GCUUUAGACAACUUUCUCUCCUUAGAACCAGGAGCUUCUCCUACAUUCAGAUACUUUCACCUCCAUACUUCUUUGAAAGCACCUGUUGAGGCUCGACCGGAGCUGCACCUUUCUUCAGAUUUAGGAGGAGCUGAUCCACACUGACAAGCAGGCAUGGGCUCCUGGGUGUGGGGCUUCGUUACUGACUUCUUCACCUAUGAGACCACCAAGUCUGUGGUGGUCAAGAGCUGGUCCGUGGGCAUCAUCAACCGGAUCGUACAACUGCUCAUCAUCGCAUAUUUUGUUGGCUGGGUCUUCAUCCAUGAGAAAGCCUAUCAGGUGACUGACACCGGCAUCGAGUCCUCUGUGAUGACCAAAGUUAAAGGCUUUGGCUACCAUAACAACCAGGUGAUGGAUGUGGCCGACUACGUCCUCCCACCACAGGGUUCAAGUGUUUUCUGCAUCAUGACUAAACUCAUAAUCACAGAAAACCAGUUCCAAGGAAGAUGUGCAGAGACUGGGAAGAGGUUUAGUUGUAAAACAGAUGAAGACUGCCACAAGCAUUUGGGAUCCAUCCUCUCCAAUGGAGUGAUAACAGGUGUUUGUCUGCAGCCUGCCUCUAAUGACUCCAAGGGCAUGUGUGAGGUUGAGGGGUGGUGUCCAGCAGAGAACGACAGCAUCUUUGUUAAGCCAAUGCUGGAUGUGAAUGACUUCACCAUAUUCAUCAAAAACAGUAUUCGAUUUCCACUAUUUAAUGUUACCAGAGGGAACUUUCCGUCCACCAUGACGUCUCAUGAGAUUAAGAGCUGCACCUACCAUCCAGAGACGAACCCUUUCUGCCCCAUCUUUCGGGUUGGGGACAUUUUGAACUACACUGGGCAGGACGUGGCAAGCCUGGCGGACAAGGGAGGAGAAAUAGGAAUUAACAUUGAGUGGAAGUGUAACCUGGACUUAAACAUUGACUAUUGUGUACCGAAGUACUCUUUCACUCGACUGGAUGCACCAUUUGAAAAGAACGCCGUCUCCAAAGGCUACAACUUCAGAUUUGCAAAAUAUUUCAAGACAGAAAACGGGACAGAGUACCGGACUCUUCAUAAAGCAUAUGCGAUCCGCUUUGAUGUUAUGGUCACUGGCAAUGCUGGAAAGUUUGACACAAUCCCGACACUGAUCAACUUGGUUGCUGCCUUCACGUCUAUUGGACUGGGUGCGGUUCUCUGCGAUCUAAUCCUGCUUAACUUCUUGAAAGGGGCAGCGCAAUACAAAGCCAAGAAGUUUGAAGAGGUGUCAGACGCUCAGAUAGAAGCCUCCAUUGCUCAGAGCCCCGGCAGCUCACUGUCACUGAAAGGAGAAAUCAAGAGCUCUUAUGACUCCGGAGCCAUUUCCCUCGCCGCCUCUGACCAACAACUUUAACGGACAAAAACUACAACCUGAAGACAUGAACUUUCCUCUUUACCUUUCUCCUAUUGCCUCCAAGAGAUAAAUCAUGCUUUUACUUGUCAGUAGCCUGCUGUCAGUUGUAGUUUGGUAACUCAGUGAGAUAUUUAGGAUGCAGAAAGCAGACACACAUCCAUUUUACUCUGUUUUACUUGAAUGAUGACGUAACUUUGGUGGUUUUCAUCUGGGGUUAUUUAUUGUUAUCUCAGUACAAAAAUGCAGUUUUUUUUGUAUGAAAUGUAUGUGCACUGUAGAAAAAAAGGGACAACUGAGCAGCCAUUUUUUUAAUAGAAAGUGUUAGUCAGAGGAAAGAAGGUUGCAGAUCUUUAAACAACCAUAACCUAUUGUUCUUGGUCACUAAAGCUGAGCGUACACUGCCACUUUCAGCAGAUUCACAGUUUUUGAAUUUUGAGUUGCAAGACUCACUUGAAGGUUGGGGCGACAUUCAACGUAAUCAUUUCGCGUGUCAUUUGCUGUGCAGUGUACUGGGGGGUUGACGGCCAAUCACGGCCUGAACCAGCUGCUCUUGACUGGUCAGAUGAGUUUCUAGCACAUUUCUUAUUUUGGUCAUACAACUGUACACAGUCAGUGUACUUUACGUCACUGGAUUUUAGAUUUGAUAUGAGUAAUGCAAAAUCAAGAAACAAGCUGUUUCCAAAUUAUUGUUUAAAGAUCCGACAAAACAUGGAAAAGACGUGCCCUUGGCCUUUUAAGGCAGUUCAUGUUUAAUUGGGACUCAUAAAACAGAAAAUGAAUAACAGUUUUUUCUGUUUUUUUAAUUUUUUGUUUUCCAUUUCUUUUUGUUUUUUGUUUCCUCAUUUUUCUUUAUUUGUUCCCAAAUAAAAAUGAAUGAAAAAUGGUUCUUUUUUCAGUCUAUAUUUUUUGUGUUCGGAUCAGAAAAGGAACAUCCAAAAACCAGAACGCUGGGACAGUAACAUUUUGUCACCUGCGAAGACAAAAAAGGAGAAAUGGAAAAUGAAUUAGAGUUCAUUUUUGUUUUCAGUUUUUUUUAUGUCAGAAUUACUAUGAACUGCCAGAAAAGAGCCACUAGGGGGUCAAUGUAAUUUAUGGCCAACUGUUUUUUAAUUUAAAACAAGAAAUCCAAACUCAAGAAACAAGCUGUUUCCCAAUGACUGUUUAAAAAUAGGAAAUCAAAAAAUGGAGGAAUAAAUCUUGUCGGUUUCUGCUUUUUUAGGCAGUCCGUAUUAAAUUGGGAAUAAAAAAACGAAACAAAAAGCAUUUUACUUUUCUGUUUCUUGAUUCCUAAUUUGAUAUGAAAUGCCUUGAGUGGUCUGGGGCAUGUUUUUCCUUUUCCUAUUUUUAAACAGUAAUUGAGAAACAGCUUAUUUCUUAAGUGAUCGAUUUCUCAUCUUGAAUUAAAAAUCU